AGUUUGAUUAUUUGAUAGGACGGCGAGGUUGCUCUUUUGUUCUCGUGGAAUAACUUCGGAAUAAAAGCAUUUAAAAAGAAAACUUAUAAAAAAAUACUAGUCUUCGUAUAUAUUAUCACAAGAAGAAAACAGUGCGGAAUCAAACGAUCUCAACUAACCGCCCUAUCAGUACAUUGCCAAUGAACUUUAGUCGCUGGUUGCCGUUUAAGUCAGUGUAGCGGGGUGCGAGGCCUUCUAGGAUUCGGCCCUGGAUUGAAUUAAGGAAGGAAGGACCCCCUCGCCGCGACCUCCACGCGUUUCCCACCAAGCAUUGUGAUCACGGUCCCGAGAAAGGGUGAGCAGGAUGCGAGGUUGGUUCGACGCCUUCCGCUCCGAUGGCGGCCCCACACUCUACGCCUACAGUAACCGAACGAGUGUCACCGCAGAUGUCCCUACCAUCACCAUCAUUCUGCUCUUCCUCACUGUCUUCUUGGCCUUCGUCACUAUCUUCCCCGGAGUCAGGAAAGAGAGGUUCUCCACAUUCUGCACAAUUACCCUCAGUCUUCUCACCGGCACAGUCAUAUGUGUCUGCUGCGUGGGUUCCUCAUGGCACGUGGCCGACGGGGUCAUAAGGUCCUCGUACCGCGCCUUCUCCCGUGAGAAGAUCGACGCCACCCUGGGCGUGGCGAUCGGCCUCGACCACGCCAACGUCACCAUGCGCGUCAUCCCCAUGCACAACCGGAGCCUCGACAUCAACUUCAACGAGCGCUUCCACUGGCAGAAGCCCACUGACAUGAGGGACCACUACCGAGCCGCACUAGUCAAGGGUCUGCCCUACCCCAUCCUCACAGUGGCCGAGUACCUUUCGCUGGACAACGAGGGCUUCGCGUGGGGACGCUACUACCGCAGCGCCGGCUACUACACCAGUAUUGUGUUGUGGUCUGCCUUUGCGUCGUGGCUGUUGAUGAACGUGUUGAUGGUGAACGUGCCUCGCUACGGCGCUUACACCAUGACCAUCACAGGCGCUCUCAUGGGGCUCUCCAACCUCGUGUUCUACAUGCUCAUGCCUCCGAAGCCGCUGCACAUACGAUUCGAAGACGCAAUCAUCACAUUCAGACUCGGCUGGUGUUUCUGGCUUGUUCUAGUCGUUGGCAUCAUCAUAACCGUGUCAGGCAUGAUCAUCUCCAUCAUGGACUGGAUUUACCCGCACAAGUUCUCCACCAUCAUGGAGGUGGACUUCGACACGCCCUACGACCGCCACAUCAUCAUCGAGGAUUCACACGACACGAGGAAGCGCCGUUUCAAGAUCCCGCGUCUGGAGGAGCCCCUCAACGCCGGCCUCAACGCCGGUUCGCGUCUCCUGAGGCGGCUGUCGAAGCGCGGCAAGGAUCCCGCAGAGGAGGAGGAGCCAAGAAUCACGCCCGGCAUCGACAACUACGCCUUCGAGAUGGAGCCGCCCAAAACGCCCAAGCGCUACCAGAGCUUCAUGAUGCGCACCGACUCCAAGAAGUCCACCAAAUCCGUCAACUUCCACAACGCGUCGACGCGCUCGCAGCACUUCCUCGACAUCCCGCAGCUGCCGGACUUCGAGGACAAGACCAAGACCUUCCAGCGGUCCGACUCGAAGCAGAGUAGCGUCUCGUCCAUCUCCGUGGCGUCGUCGCCCAAGAGCGUGAACUUCGAAGACGCGCCGGGCCCGAGCGUACACCCGGCGGGGGCGGCCGCGCCUGCUCCGCCAGUGGGUCCUGCGGGAGCCUCUAUGCUAAGACAGGACUCCAGUCAGUCGGUGUCCUCGUCGUCGUCUUCGUACGGGCUGGGAAUGCUCUCGCGAGACCCGAGUAUAAGAAGGAUCUCGGCGGAAGAGAACCUACAUGCUCCCGUAACUAGAAAUAAUUCAGGAAAUAUAAUUGUAUUCCAUCGAACGGAUUCUAGAGGACAAUUACAAAGGUUAAAUGGAGAGGUCGUGGAAAUUCAAACGGACGAUUCCACGGAUAUUUGGUGAUAAGGGACGACCUCGCGUGCAAUGAUCGACGUUAAAUUAUAUAUUUAAUAGACAAUUAAUGAAUUUGAACCGUGACACAUCGCAUCAAAUGUUUAGCAGGCGCCAGAUCAUCUAGAAGAACUGUUUGACCCAGCGGUCUCUCUGAACCAGUGAAUUAGCUAUUAUUUUGAAAUGGAAAAAGAAAAGAAAAAGAAAACGAAAAAAAUAAGCAGAUUGUAUUCUGUAACACAAUUAUUUUUUUAUACUUAGGUCUAUAUAGAGAUAUUUAUGGAAAAAAGAGAAAAAAAAAAUGUGAAAUUCAAAUUUGCCAUGAAGUAUAUGAUAUUAGAGAUUAUAUCAACAGAAAAAAAAACUGAAGCUCAAAAAAAUAGAAAAUAAAAUGCAGUAAUAUCUGAAAAUAAUGCCAUGUUUUAUGUUUCUAUCUUACAUUUACCGGUGAGAUGAAUAGUCCAGCUCCUUGACCGAUUAUUUUUAUUGUAAUAUGUAAAGAAAAAAAAAAACAUGAAUAUAAAAAACUCGGUGAAGUGAGAAUGUGAUUAAGCAAUUUAGAUUUUUAAAGAAAGUAGCAUUGAUGAAAAUUAAAGAAUAUGAUUUUAUUGUAUGUAUUUACAUUCUCCGAUUUAGUCACACAGACUAAACUGAUUUUUUUAUAUAUAAACUUGAACGUCUCACUGCAUUGUCGAUAUAACUGUGGCGUAUGUGUAUUAAAGACUAUUUACUUA